AUGCUAUUGCGAACCGUGAUACGACCCUCCCUCUCCUUUCCUUCGGCCUUGAGAUCAAUAUCUGCUCCUCUCGCACGGCCAGCUUUCAAACGCCCUGUUCUCGUUGCCUUCGGCCUCACGGCGACCCUUCCUUUCGUGUAUCCUUCGUCCGUCAUCAGGCUCGACUCUUCACCUUAUUCACCACCUCCUGCGGGUGCUGCGGAGUUUAGCAGCUCCUCCUCGUCCUCCUCAAAUCCCCGCGGAGCCAAAACUCCUCUCACAAAGGAUGGAAAGACGAUCAAUCCUGCUGCAGUAAAGCAAAUAAGUUUGGGUUCGAUCCUAGGCCUGGCUGCGGGAGUGCUCCUGUCGGCGUUUUCUACAAGUUUAACAUUACUGCUCGGACUGGGCAUUGUCGUGUGGCAGCUGGCCGCUCGAAGAGGAUAUAAUUUCAUCCCAGUGGAUCGCCUGCAACGAUACUUCAAGAACAUCGAUGUUCGCAGUGCCGUCAAUGACAACCUGGCCUUUAAAAUCAGCUUCGGACUUAUGUUUGCCCUUGCCGCCUUUGGUGAGUUUUGA